AUGGGGGCAGUGCGUACUUUAGGAAAAAUUGAAGUGUGCGUCGUAAAUGUCUACUGCAGACGAAUCGUUGUUGUAUUAAACGAACGACGAAACGUUGUGACGCUCACCGUCGCCGUCAUCGUCUGUCUCGCUCUUAGCGAUCAAUUCGCCGUUUCUGGCGCGUGUUCAAAAUAUCCGCGACGGCUGGCGAGGCAUCCGGCCAAUGAGGGCCGAGAGGCUUCCUCGGCACUCGAUCCACCGCUCUGA